AUGACGCCAUAGCGCCGUCCAGCCAAUCACAUUACACCUCGCCUUAGAUCUAAAAUCUGCGUCACUUGUGACAUUAUUUGGUGCGCGCGCACGGGACUACGGUUCGACCCACACGAUCCUUUUAUUUAUUUAUUUAUUUAUUUAUUUAUUUAACCGUCCACUCAGCAGCUGGUGUGGGACAGGAGUGUGUGAUGACAGACGGGUUUUGAACUAGAUACAUACGGUUUGGUUAUUUCGCAACGAGAGAGAGAGAGAGAGAGAGAGGGAAAACAAUAAUAACAACAACAAUAAUAACAACCGGCUCCGGUUUCCGCCGCAGCGCGAGACAGGAAGAUCAGCUUCACUAAUGAUGUCAUCGUAUUAUCAUCAUCCAGGGAAGGAGGCGGACAUGGCGGAGCCGCUGUGCCUGGAGAGAGAUGUAUGCAGGGUAAUUGAGUUGCUGGACCGGCUGCAGAGGAGCGGCGAGCUGCCUCCCCCCAAACUGCAGGCGCUGCAGAGGGUGCUUCAGAGCAAAUUCUGUGCUGCCAUCAGAGAGGUCUACGAACAGCUCUAUGACACGCUAGAUAUCGUUGGAGGACCCGAAGUGCGAGCUCAGGCCACCGCUAAAGCAACGGUAGCUGCGUUUGCAGCCAGCGAAGGCCACGCCCACCCACGUGUCGUAGAGCUUCCCAAGACGGAUGAAGGUCUGGGCUUCAACAUCAUGGGUGGAAAGGAGCAGAACUCGCCCAUCUACAUCUCCAGGGUGAUUCCAGGGGGCGUGGCCGACCGACAGGGCGGAUUGAAGAGGGGCGACCAGCUGCUUUCCGUCAACGGAGUGAGCGUCGAGGGUGAGCACCACGAGAAGGCUGUGGAGCUGCUGAAGGCAGCUCAGGGUUCAGUGAAGCUGGUGGUGCGCUACACCCCGAAGGUCCUCGAGGAGAUGGAGGCCCGCUUCGAGAAGCUGCGCAGCGCCCGGCGACGCCAGCAACACACCAGCCACUCAUCUUUAGAGUCUCGGGGUUAACCAAUCCCACCCAUGGGUUAACCCGUUGACCACUCCCAUUCCUCAAUCCUCCAAUGGGAAGACACAAGACUAGCAAUGCUGAGGAGAUGAGCGAAGAUACUCGCUUUAGAUACAUGUAUGUUAGUGGAACAUUCCUGAAACAGUAGACCUCAGAUAUCCUCUUUACGCCAUCCAUCUGUAGGGAGAGACUGAACAGAGUAUCCGGUUUAAUUUUUUUAUUUGUGUGUGGUGAUAUGUUUAAAAUGUUUAAAGAAACAGAGACCAACUAUAGCAAAGAGAGCAUAUUCACAGAUCAGAAGCUUGCAGUCAGGCUCCUCCAAGGGCUGUGUGUGUGUGUGUGUGUGUGUGUGUGUGUGUGUGUGUGUGUGAGAGAGAGUGAGUGUGUGUGUGUUUGAGUGUGUGCUCUGUCUCUGUACAUGACAUUAUGCUGCAUUACAGGUGUAGAUGACCAUUAUGGGGUAAAAGCUCUUCCUGACCUCACACUGCUCCGACCUAUACAGCUUUUCCUCGGCACUACAUGCCCAAAGAGUUUGUCUUAACCCUCUGAUGAAGUGACUUUGUGUCUGGAUGUAUAUAUAUAUGUGUGUGUGUGUGUGUGUGUGUGUGUGUGCAUGGAAACAUAUUUAGUGCUUGAGUGGCUCUGUGUUCACACUUUGUCACACCCUGUGCAUUAUACCGCUGUUCUGUGUGGAUUUGAGCUGCUAGUCAUGCCUGUUUACAUUUAUUUAUUUAUUUAUUUAUUUAUUUAUUUAUUCAUUCCUACAAUAAAAUCAGCAAUGCUAUCGAA